CGUAUAUCAGUAAAAUGAGUUGUGAGUUGUUGAGUCAUCUCCAGUUUAGAAAUUUGAAAAGAUGAACUGGCAACUCUACCAACUGCAACCGAAUUGCAUGUUGACGUACAAAACAGAAAAGACGCGAACUGCCAGUGAAAGCAAAGCAACGAAUGAAAGUGGUGUAAACGUCAAAUUCGGUAAAGAAGUGAAAGAAUGCUGCGUAUUUUUCCGUCUAACGUGGUUUUCAAUUAAGAAUAAAAAAGUGCUCAUAAUUAAAUUGAACAAACGCAUUUAAGUUAUCCAGUGGAUUUAGGAUGCGUAACAAAUGAUUUACAACAAGUAAAACAAAUAAAUUUUCAACCGAACGAAUACAAAUUUCUUGCGUGCUGAGCUGCUACUGCCUAAAGGGCGGGGGCAAGCAAAAAAGCGGCCUGUGAACGGCGUAAUAAAGUCCUUACGAUAUAGGUCGACAAAUCUGAAAAGUACAGACGCUGCUAUAAUUUUGGAUAUCGCAGGACUACUUCAAAUAUAAUUGCUUAUAUACAGGUCAAUUCUGAAAAUUGUAACCUUGGAAAUUGUUUUUCAUAAGCAGAAUCGGAUUUAAAGUCGGCCACGGCCAUUAUAAUCAACUAUUUCGCUGGAUAUUCUUGCUUUUCGAGGUAUAUAUAAAAAAUUCUAUAGUGCUCGUGCUAAAUGGAUAGUGGACGGAAUUAUGGGCGUCUUGCUACUUCAUUUGUCAUCGGAGGUGUCGGCAGUGGAGGCGGUUGUGCCGGCAGUGGCAGCCGCAAAACUUCAAUGUCUGAUAGUCAACAAAUGUUACCAAUGUUGCAGCAGCUGACAAAUGGGUCCUUUGGUAUCAUAGUACCUGAUAAGCAUUGCCCACUUUGCUUUCAAGCAAAACGACAUCAGGAAAAGAUUGAGGGCAUAAGGUGCAAGCCGGUUGCUUGGCGCAUAAGAGAGCGAAUGAAAACAGCUAGUGUUGUGUUAGUGCUUUGUCUGAACAUAGGCGUUGAUCCACCAGACGUCGUAAAGAUACAGCCCUGUGCACGUUUAGAAUGCUGGGUCGAUCCCUCUUCGGUAUCGGCGCCAAAAGCAAUGGAAUUGAUUGGAAACAAUUUACAAAUGCAAUAUGAGCGUUGGCAGCCACGCGCACGCUAUAAGAAAUGCCAUGAUCCCACAGCUGAAGACGUAAAAAAGCUGUGUACAUCACUGCGGCGCAAUGCAAAAGGCGAGCGCAUACUUUUCCACUACAAUGGGCAUGGUGUGCCUAAACCAACUGCUAAUGGCGAAAUUUGGGUAUUCAACAAGACAUUCACACAAUAUAUACCUUUGAGCAUUUUUGAGCUACAAAGCUGGAUGGGUGCUCCAUCAAUUUAUGUUUACGAUUGCUCUAACGCUGGUAUAAUUAUAAAUUCGUUUCAACAAUUUGCAGAACAGCAUGAACGCGAUUUAGAAAAAUCGGGUCAACGCGGCGGUCCUGGACAGCCACCAUCUAUAUUAACACCAUUUGUUAGCUAUAAAAAUUGCAUACAUUUGGCCGCAUGCUCUGUCAAUGAGAUAUUGCCUAUGAAUGCCAAUCUCCCAGCAGAUUUAUUCACAUCCUGCCUAACCACGCCAAUAAAUAUCGCCCUUAAGUGGUACACAAUGCAAGAGAAGUUCGAGCUGGUUCCGCUCAUACAGAGCGAGCAAGUCGACAAGAUACCAGGGAAAGUAAAUGACCGGCGGACAAUGAUGGGAGAAUUGAAUUGGAUAUUUACUGCCAUCACUGACACUAUUGCAUGGAAUACUUUGCCACGCGAUCUAUUUCAGCGUUUGUUUCGCCAGGAUUUGCUGGUCGCCAGUUUAUUUCGUAAUUUUCUACUCGCCGAGCGUAUAUUACGUUCGCAUGAUUGUAUCCCUGUAUCGCAUCCGGCAUUACCGCCAUGCUUCCGUCAUCACAUGUGGUCCGCUUGGGAUUUAGUCGUGGAUUACGCAUUGCAGCAGUUGCCUGAAAUAUUGGAAAAAGGUGCACCGUAUCGGCAGUUACCAUUUUUUGAACAACAACUAACGGCGUUCCAAGUGUGGCUAGAUCGAGAAUCCGAAUCGCGCUCUCCGCCAGAGCAGUUACCCAUUGUACUACAGGUGCUGCUUUCACAGGUGCAUCGAUUGCGCGCCCUAGAGCUACUUGCACGUUUUCUUGAUCUCGGCCCAUGGGCGGUAAAUUUAGCACUUGGUGUGGGCAUCUUUCCCUACGUACUUAAACUGUUGCAGAGUUCGGCGAAGGAAUUGCGACCGGUGCUCGUUUUUAUAUGGGCAAAAAUUUUAGCAGUGGAUCCGAAUUGUCAGGUAGACUUGGUGAAAGAACAUAAAUACUUUCUGUCUGUUCUGCAAGACACAACCGUAUCCAAGGAACACCGUACGCUGUCUGCGUUUGUGUUGGCUUGCAUUGUGAACGACUUUUUGCUGGGCAAAACAAGCGCUUUGCAAGGUUCCUUAGUGUCGAUAUGCCUGGAGCAACUGAACGACGAGAGUUGGCUACUUCGUCAAUGGCUAGCUAUAUGCCUAGGCAUGCUUUGGCAAAAUUUCGAGAAAGCUAGAUGGUCCGGCGUUCGAGAUUUGGCACACGAAAAACUAUAUCCCCUGCUCAAAGAUCCAAUACCAGAAGUUCGCGCAGCUGCUGUUUUCGCAUUGGGCACAUUUAUUAGUUCAGUGACUGAUCGAGAAGAGCACGCAAAUAAUAUUGAUCGGAUAAUUGCCAUUACACUCUUGGAUACUGUGGGGGAGGACAUGUCUCCUUUGGUGCGCUUGGAGCUGGCUGCGGCCCUGCAAUGGAUGGUGUUGCUGUUUGAAUCGCAGUUCGUAACGGUGUACAUGCAGGAGCAAAUGAGUAGUUCGAGCCCUAAUUUGGCGCUGACAACAUCAGUUAGCGGCAGUGAGCGUAGUGCCAGUGUAGCCCAUAGUAUGGCUGGUGCACCCAGUCCAGCGGUGGUGCACCAUUCUACACACAGCUUAGAACGUCACGUUUCUAUGCGGCGAGGUGCUAGCUCAAGUUCGAUAUCUAACAUGGUCUCCACAGCCAUACCAUUUCAAGCGAUAUUUUUACGAUUGUGGCAAGGUAUUUAUAAUCUUGGCCAUGAUCCAUUUCCGGAAGUGGCAGAAACAGCACAAAAAAUUAUAGCUUACGUACGUGAUAAGUCGGUCGAUUUAAUCACCGCCAAAGAGGCCACCAGCGACAAGUGCAAUUCGAGUGUUAGCUUACCCCCGAGCCCGUCAACACGCGGCAACUUUUUAAGUGGUGAAUCACCACCAGUAGGUGCCGGUGUACAGGUGGGGCAUCAAAACGCCAGCAAUUGGGCGAAUAAGCUUCGACAUAACAAGCUUUUAGCUGCGAAUGUGAUGAACAGCGCUGAUCAUCAGGCGCUAUUACAACGUAAAUUACGUACUACUUCCAUGGGGGAUGAGACGGACAGUUGUGUUCCACUAAACGGAAGCCGCAGUGCUGGCUUAAUGGGUUCCGGCAUUGCAGUCGGCGCAACUACAAGUUUGCACAUGAAUACAGGUGGCAACGGUGGCGGUGGUGAUGGUUCACAUUCAGCGCGCAGCAGUACGAGCGAAAGCAACUAUGAGCCGAAGUCGACAGCGCUGAAACCGAUCCUGCAAACCGAGUUCAUAUCAUGGGCUAAUUCGUACUUUAUGAGACCCGGUAAGAAUCGCUACGCCUCCGCCGAGGGUACGGAGGGACAACAGGUAUUUCCCGCAGAUACGAAUUCUCCUGAAUUGCGCUCCCGACAAUUUCGUUUUUGCCGCAAUGAAAUAAUGCGGCGACAGUCCAAGGACCAACUCAUGCGCGGCUGCCGAAUUGACACGCAGACUUGCAUGCUAAAGACCCAACACACGCCUGCCAUUGUCAAAUUGCUGCCAUAUGAAACACAGCUCGCCGUCGCUUACAAGGAGAAAGUACUAGUCUAUGAUUGGGUGCGCAAUUCAGUGCGCUCAUAUGUGCCACAAGCCAGCAGCAAUCACAUCGGCGAGUCGAGCGGUUCAUCGUCGUCGCCAUCGGCGCACAUGCAGCACCAUCAGCAACAGUAUCUACAGCAGCAACAACAAAGUUUAACCGCUCGCGUUAGUGCCAUUGAAUUUCUGAAUGCACAUGACAUUGGCUUGAUACUGGCAGGUCACGAGGAUGGCGUUGUGCGUGUAUGGCAACCAGGUACUGAGGAUCAACCUGAGUCACAGCUAAUAACUGCCUUCGAGGGUAUCCCCGCUAUGAAUGCUGCUUAUAAUGGUUCGCACGGUGGCAGUGGUGGCGGUGGUGGUAGUGGUACUGGUUCCGGUUCCGGCUCUGGUUCGUCUUCGUUGAAACACCGACGUGACUUGAUGCGUACCGGCAUAGUCACCGCUUGGCAGCAAUGUAGACAGCACCUGGUUGUGGGUGGUGGUAUUUCGCGGUUCCUACGCAUCUGGGAUGUAGAGCGAGAGCUGAAACACGGUGACAUACCGAUAGGUAGCGAGGCGUGCGUGCGCGUAUUGGCGCCAUUCUCCUAUAAUCUGAAUAGCAGCAUUGUGGUAGCAGGUUGUUCUGAUGGCAGCGUGCGGCUAUUCGAUAAGCGUCUAGCGCCACAAGAGGCGCGAAUAUGCGUCUUUCGCGAACACAUUGGUGCCAUACUAUCCGUUUGCCUGAAGGAAAACCAACCCACACUGAUCACAGGUUGUGCACAGGGACGCGUGCGUAUCUUUGAUUUACGACAAGCAGCUGCUGUCUCCAGCUGGGAAGCGGGCUCCGAUGUGGCCGUAAUCGCUAGUCAUGCAUCGGCGGAUAUUGUAGCGUGCGGCAGCGCGCAAGGCAUUGCGCUACAUCAGGAAAGCGGACGAGCGCUGAAUACGUUGCGUGGCACCGAGGGCUUUAUGGGCACAAAAAUCGGCUACCCGACUUGCUUGUCGUUCCACGCGCACAAAGCCGCCUUGGCGGUCGGUUGCGUGGACAACACGGUCGUGGUGUAUGAACCUGUUGCAGUUCUAUAAACUUUGCAAACGCUGGAAGGUCGACGUUGAUAAAAAUCCAAAGACAUUUGACAAUUCUGAACGUUUUCUGCACGAACCCGAAAUGAU